UAGGGGCGGGGCUGCGGAAGGCUCCGCUGUCCCUCCGACUUCCGGCUAUCUCCCGGAGAGUCGCGCAGAGUGGAUCUAGUGGUCGCCAGUGCUCACUGGGGUCUCUGGGGAUCGGGACUGCGGCGGCGGCCCCGCGGGCGGGAUGUUCCGGGGCUUGAGCAGUUGGUUGGGCUUGCAGCAGCCGGCGGCGGGCGGUGGGCAGCCCAAGGGAGAAGGGCAGCCUGAGGGCUCCACUCCACCCGAGCAGCCAUCCGAGACGGUGGCGGAGUCCGCGGAGGAGGAGCUGCAGCCAGCGGGAGACCACGAGCUCCUCCACCAGGCCAAAGACUUCGGCAACUAUCUAUUUAACUUUGCAUCUGCCGCCACAAAAAAGAUAACUGAAUCAGUUGCUGAAACAGCACAAACAAUAAAGAAAUCCGUAGAAGAAGGAAAAAUAGAUGACAUCAUUGACAAGACAAUUAUAGGAGAUUUUCAGAAGGAACAGAAAAAAUUUGUUGAAGAACAACAUACAAAGAAGUCAGAAGCAGCUGUGCCCCCAUGGGUUGACACUAAUGAUGAAGAAACAAUUCAACAACAAAUUUUGGCCUUAUCAGCUGUAAGUAUCUUGUGGACUCUUGUGUUUGUUUGGGGUUCUGUCUUUUACGUGAUGGGCUUUCCUUACCUGUCCCUUCGCAUUAAUAGUGCCAUACUGAAAGGGUGCCUGGCCGCUGAAUGUGGGGACAGGCCUUUUGGCCUGGAGAGGCUCAGGAGCUGUCACCCCUGUGUGGACACUUACCUGAUCCACUUGAGCACCAACACAUCACAGCGGGUGAUUCUCAUAGCUUUGGUUCUGUCUUUCUUUAAAAGUGUGAAGGAAGAAGUGUUCUGGAGGAACUACUUUUACCGCGUCUCCCUGAUUAAGCAGUCAGCCCAGCUCACAGCCCUGGCUGCACAACAGCAGGCCGCAGGGAAGGAGGAGAAGAGCAAUGGCAGAGAGCAGGAUUUGCCACUGACAGGUACAUUCCUGGUAGAAGACAGCACUCUACAGAAAAACCUAUUCUUAGAGACUCAAAUGAGCUUGACCUCUUAUAUGUACCAGAAAUGUCAUUGUCUUAGGGAAAAUUUCUUUUCCUCCCAGAGGAAUCUUCAUUUCUCUUACUGCCUUCUCUCUGACCCAACUCACACAUGUCUUCCCCAAGCUUUCCUUUACUUUCCUUAUAUCUCCUUUCUCAUUCCUUGUUUUUAUUUUUGUACGCAUUACAACUGGACAUUUAUCCCACAAGAAGUGGGAAAAUAUUUUUCCUCUCCUUUGUUUUUUUUAGAGGAUUCUGCAGAUUGGGAAAAAGAACUGCAGCAGGAACUUCAAGAAUAUGAAGUGGUGACAGAAUCAGAAAAACGAGAUGAAAACUGGGAUAAGGAAAUAGAGAAAAUGCUUCAAGAGGAAAAUUAGCUGUUCCUGAAAUAGAAGAAUAAUCCUUAACAGUCUGCAAACUGACACUAAAUUCUAGAUGUUGACACUCACUGAAUCAGAAGGUAUAAAAGAGUAUAACUUUAGGAAAUUCAAAAUUUUCCUUUUUUCAAGUGAAAACUUGCCUCUUCUACUUUAAAAAAGUAUAUAGAACAGUUACUUCUAAUAAACAGAAAGAUGUUUUGUAGAACAUUUCUUUAAUAUGAAUCAAGUUAGAGAUGUCUUUGUAGGCAGUAUGGCUAUCUUUGCCACAGAAACAUAAGCAAAAUUUUAAGAGUUCUGUUUUCCAUGAGGUCAAAAAUAUAAUUUAUUCCUCAGUUGUGGUUUUCUAAAUAUCUGUACUCCGCAUUCCAUUUUCAUUGAUAGGUGGGUGUUAAAGCACCUACUUAAUGGGUUGAUUACUAUCAAAAUGACCAAAUUAUACCAAAGAACUUAAGAGAAAGCACUUUUAGAACUAUUCGCUUGUCAGGUAUUUUCUAAAAUUCCACCUGAAAGCCAAAAUAUAUAAUAAAUAAGUUGAUUUUAA